AAGGUAAACAGCAACAUGAAACCUAAGAUAUAAAACUCCACUAAUUGCCAACACAAGUGCAAACAAAUAGUGGAAGCACAUCUGGUUGUAAUGGGGUUGCAGAAAAGCUGGGGUCCCACCAGUUUAUAAUUUUCCUAUGUAGCUGCCCACCUCCCAAGGAGCCAAACCCAUCUUUGGUGAAGGAAUACAGGAAUGAAGGGUGGGGGAGAGGAAAAAAGCUAAUGAAGUUUUCCUUCACAGUUCCAUGAUGCCCUGAAGGUGAGUGUUCAAGUGUCAUUCGGAGGAAGUUGAGGGCUUUACAGUGAAAUUCAUCCUAAUGGGCCAUUGCAGGAAGUGAAGCGAGUAAAGUGUCCUGGCUCUGCGUGCCAGCACCAUGCACCCCGAUGAGGAGCCCCUGACAGAGGAGCCCUUGUUGGGUGGAUACAGCCAGCAAAAGCCAAGCGACCGCUUACAUGGGGCCUAUGUUAUUUUUUUCCUCCUGGGCGUCGGGUCACUGCUGCCCUGGAAUUUUUUCAUCACAGCAAAGCACUACUGGAUGUACAAGCUGCAAAACUGCUCGGAUCGGGCAGGCCCUGUGGGGCAGCAGGCGUCGGAUCUGCAGGACUUUUUUGAGAGUUACAUCUCCAUUGCUUCAACUGUGCCCUCGGUGCUGUGCCUGAUUGGAAACUUCUUGGUUAUCAACAAGGUGCCCGCCAGUGUCCGGAUCCUGUCCUCCCUCUUUGUCAUGCUGGCUGUCUUCCUGGUGAUCACGGUGCUGGUGAAGGUCGACACCUCUGCUUGGACCACACGCUUCUUUGCCCUCACAAUCAGCUGUGUGGCCAUCGUCAGCAGUGCCUCGACUGUCUUCACCAGCAGCAUCUUUGGUCUGAGCAGCUGCUUCCCCAUGAGGAACUUGCAAGCGCUGAUCUCAGGUCAGGCCAUGGGUGGCACCAUCAGCGCCAUUGCCUCUGUGAUAGACCUGGCUGCAGCAGACAAUGUUACUGACAGUGCCCUGGCCUACUUCCUCACCGCUGACAUCUUCAUCGUCUUCUGCAUCAUGAUGUACCUCCUCCUUCCCAGGUUGGAGUACUCCAGGUAUUACAUGAACAGCCAGGAGGAGAGCCCUUCCCUGGCCACUGUGCCACCUGACAGCUCUAUGGAAGAUGAGGCAGAGCCAGAAGGCACCACAAGUACCUCCUUCCUUGCAAAAAGCACAGGCAUCCCACCGCUCUGCCCCAUCCUGCAGAAGACCGCUCUCCUUGGCUUCUGCCUCUUCUACAUCUUCUUCAUCUCCAUCAUCAUCUUCCCUUCUCUCUCAUCCAACAUUGAGUCGGUCAGCAAGUCCUCAGGAAGCCCAUGGAGCACUAAGUACUUUGCUCCACUCACCAGUUUCCUCCUGUACAACUUUGCUGACUGGUGUGGGAGACAGAUCACUGCCUGGAUACAGAUGCCUGGUCCUAAGAGCAAGCUGCUGCCUACCCUUGUCCUCCUCAGGACCAUCUUCCUCCCUCUCUUUAUCCUCAGCAACUACCAGCCCCGGGCUCAGAUACAGAUGGUAGUCUUCAACCAAGAUAUUUACCCAGUGGUCUUCACAGUGCUGCUGGGGCUGAGCAAUGGCUACCUGGGGACACUGGUCAUCAUCUAUGGCCCCAAGAUCGUGCCAAAAGAGCUGGCUGAGGCGGCAGGGGUGGUGAUGACAUUUUACCUCAUGGUGGGGCUGGCUGUGGGGUCUGCCUUCUCUGUUCUCAUUGUCCACCUCAUUUAGAGGAGCAGCUGGGGGGAAAGCCCUCGUUUUGUGGUAACAUUGUCGGGUAUUUAGGACUUUUUCCCCCAAAAGCCAGGCCCACCACGCUGCCUGUCUUGCUGAGGGGAAGAAGGGGUUUGCAUCCAAGAGGAAAGUCCUCCUUCUGGGAAGGGGUGUCCUCUGUGCCUGGGAGGUACUGUCAAACAUUUGUCAUUCUCCAUCUUGACUGGAGCAAAUGGACCAAAAAAGCCUUGUCCUCCCCAAGGAGCUCAGGAAAGCACAGGGGGCACAGGGAAACCUGGCCCUCGCCCCAGUGCCAGUGGGUAAGGGUGGCUAGCUGGUGCCACCACGCUGGUUUUAAACUGAAGCCAAGGCUUUUGAUGGCACUUUGGGACUUGCUGCCUUAUCGUUUUGAGUUUACCCCUGCAGUGUUUUGGUGAUCUCAGGGGGAUCCCCCUUCAUCAAACUCGGGUGCUGAACUUAAGGGAAUUUGAGCCCUGGAGCACCUUCAAGGAAGCUCUGAGGGCAGAUAGCAGCCACACCAGGGAGCAGGGCACAAUUUCGGGUGUAUUUAUUUCACACAUUCAUGCCACAAAAAGGGAAACCUUUCCAUUUGGACUUGUGCUUGCUUUAAUUUUUUAAGAUUGAAUUGAGGGAUCAUCUACUCCCAGCACAGUGCUAGUAGUGCCAGGGCUGUGUGUCAUGGCCAACCCAAGAUCAUUUCUUCAGCUGUGACUGUGGUGUGAUGGUUGUGGACACCAACUUACCUGUCUGCAGCUGAACCCCAAGGAAAGUGCAAUGGUAAGUGGCCCUAACCCAGGGUUUUUAAGGUGCCUUUAGUCUGCGUUGAGAAAGGUCUAUAAAAGCCAGGGAGAAGUAUGAGGCGUUGAUGUGAUGUUCACAGCAGAAAGCCGAUCAAUUUACCUAGGAGGUAUAUGGUCUUCAGAUGUUUUCAGAGGGCUGAGAUACUGUGACACCCAAAAAUAUGGCCCACACAAAGAGGUCUGGCUUUUAAAGUAACUUCCAUGCAAAUACGCCUGGACAAUUAUUGUAUUUAUUUUCUCAAAUGAUGUAGAUUUGUGGUCUAGGAGAGGUGAAGUGGGAAGCAAGGAUGUAAUGGCAUAACUUGGCAUUGCCUAUGAUGCCUCAGGGAUGCUAUCUAUGGAAAAUACUUCCUUUAAGACUGGGUUAUUAGCAGAUGUUCUGUUAAUGGGAUGCUCUCAGCAUCUUCUGCUUGACAGAAUAGCAGUGAAGCUGCUGGUCUGAGUUGCCAGGCUGUCUCUAUGCUGUGCUGGAUGUGGUAGGUACAGGAAGGAUGCAGGGCUGGUGCCUUUCCACCUGCGCCUGCCCUGGCCCUGCUGGGCAAACAGCAGGGACCAGUGGUGAUUGUUGCCAUGGGGUGAUGUGUAGGCUUGAUGUGUGCUUUUAUAUAAAUCCCUUCCAGUGUUUAGUUUGGUAGCUCGUUGGCAUACAGACACAGUUUUGCUUUAUGGCUUAUUUUUAUUUAAACAUAAAAUACAGACACGAGUAGAAAAUUUACAGGGUGUGCAGUACCGAGGAGCAGCUUUACAGCAAUGACUUUGAACGUGUGGGCUUCUAAUCCUGUUGCUCCAACAGGUUUGUAGCCCUUCAGCCCCUGACACUUGGCCAGGGGCUGCUUUGGCAAAGUGUUGAUCCAGGUGAAGGUCCACAUCAUCUUGAAGGGCUGAGGGUGGUGAUGCUGGCCCGCCAGCUAGGUGCUGCUCAUGGGGGUAAGCACCCCCAUCACCUCUGUGGGUGGUGGAGCAUUACUUGGAGUAAUGCAGUACUUUGCUGUGCCUGAAAAGCCCAAGCCAGCCUCUUGCUGGCAACAGAAACAUCUCUCUGUGGCCUUCAGUGCUUCCCACUUGAGAGCCUGCCAUGUGGUCUGCUCUCCUCAACUUAAACAUUUUACCCCCGGUCCCAGGUGUGAUGAGAUUCUGCUUGUUUGCUGACUGCUUUGCACCUCUGCUGAUCCUUUCCUUCAUGUUACAGACCAAAUACCUCUUGAGACAGAACUUAAUUAUGCAAUACCACUGCCAAUAAAGUUAAUUCUUGAUACUGUCA